GGGAGAACUCCCAAGGAAAAGGAAAAGGAAGAGGAAUUGAAAUAGUUGUUUCCAACCGAAAGGCGGAAGAGAAAUCGAGUUCCACUCCCAAGUUCUUCCCAGCAGACAACAAUUCAAAAUCAAAAUCGGAAUCGGAAUCGGAAUCAGAUUGAGAAGCCUCUGACCGUCUGAGCGGGUCGUUGCUUCCUCUCUAAGACGAUGAACGGCGGCCCGUCUGGUUUCAACAAUGCCCCUGUCACCCGGAGCUUCGUCGUCGCCUCCGCUCUUUUCACCAUUUUCUUUGGGAUCCAAGGCCGUUCAAUUAAGCUUGGCUUGUCCUAUCAGGAUGUGAUUGUGAAGCUUCGCAUUUGGAAGUUAGUAACGUCAGUUUUUGCCUUUUCAUCUACUCCUGAAUUGAUGUUCGGACUGUUUCUGCUCUAUUACUUCAGAGUAUUUGAAAGACAGAUAGGUUCCAACAAAUACUCGGUCUUUAUUUUGUUCUCUAUAAUAACCUCUUUACUUUUUGAGGUCCUUGCGAUAUCAUUACUUAAAGAUCCUGCAGCGAAUCUAGUUACUUCUGGACCUUAUGGUCUUCUAUUUGCUUCCUUUGUACCCUUCUUCUUUGAUAUUCCUGUUUCAACUCGGUUCCGUGUAUUUGGAGUUCGUUUCUCUGACAAGUCUUUCAUAUAUCUGGCUGGUCUUCAGCUCCUACUGUCCUCGUGGAGAAGAUCCAUCUUACCAGGGAUAUGCGGAAUUCUUGCUGGUUCCUUAUAUCGUUUGAAUGUAUUUGGCAUCCGCAAGGCCAAGUUUCCAGAGUUCGUCAGUUCAUUUUUUUCCCGGUUUUCUUUGCCAUCCGCGGGAAAUCCUCCAGCAGCCCCAACUAGAGAUGUUAGAGGAAACAUGCCAUCUUUCGUGGGCCGCCAGGUUGAGAGGAGCCAUCCUCCUGUGCCAACUGCCACAGAACCACCAGAGGACUCCAUUGCCACACUUGUUUCGAUGGGGUUCGACAGAAACUCAGCGAGGCAGGCCCUUGUGCAUGCUGGAAAUGACGUUAACAUUGCGACAAGCAUACUUCUUGAAUCACAAUCGCACUAAUUUCAUGGAAAUUUUUCUCGGUAUAUGAAACCUUUGACGUCCCCAGUUCUGAGAACAGUCAAAUUCAGUAUCCAGGGUUGAUGGUCCGACACACUUGCAUUUGCUGACAACUGAGUUUUGAUAGGUUGCAGAAACUCAUCAGGCUGUUUCUCUUAACUCUCUUUUCGGUUUCCCUUUUGUUCGUAUCGUAGCUGUCAAAUUUUCUUAAUACUUGAUGUCUGACUACAGAUGAUUGCUUAGUUUGUACGUACGAAGUUAAGCUGGUAGAAGUAUUUGUGGAAGCAGAAUGUGCAGAAUUCUUUUGUUCUGUGAUAGCUAUAAAAGUUGCAGAUUCGUACAGAAA